AUGCCUACCACAGGAGCAGACGUCCCUCAAGAAAUAUUCGGUAUCCUCCUGGAUACCUUUGCGCAAACCAAACGAGUCUCGCUUAAUAUCGAGGAGUCGAAGGAAAUGAGGAAUCUCAUGAGCCAAUGCUCGCUAGUGUCCAAGUUCUGGGCCGGCCGAUGUCGCCCUCGGCUCUUCUUCCGUCUCACCUUACGCUCGCUCGAGGACGUCAAUACCUUGCUCAGCCUCCCCACUGCUGUCAAGAGCUACAUCUUCUACCUUCAUCUCGAAGAGAUACAGCCAUCUGUGCCAUGGACGCAUCACGUCUACUGCGCCGUGCACGACGGACGACUCUCAGAGCGAUCGUCUCUGUCGCAUAAACUCAACGGCGCAUGCACUCCAACGUCUUUCUAGACACUUCGUUCUCUAUACCCGUCGUUACCAAGAUCCCCACCUAUCCUCAUUCAGGAUCCCGUUCUCAUACAUGUCCAGAACUACCGGCUCCGAGCCUUCACCGACUGCGUACAUAUUACCCGGAAGCUAUGGCGCUGCAUGUUCUGGGAGAUGGAUUUCACGAAUGUCUCGUGGGUGCAACGACCUGAACCGGACAUGCCUCCGCCCAUUCUUUCUCUGAAGAACAGUACCAUGAGUGGAACCGUGAAUAUUCAUGAUUGUCCAGAUCGCUGGCCGUUUGUCUGGCUGUUCGUCACCAUUCUGCGACCAGAUCCAAGUAAACAGAAGAUCUACUCAGCCGCAUAUCUGCACCCCGAAGAAGCAGCAAAACUAGCGGCUCUUGUCCAAUGUAUAACCACAUUUACCGCCAAGACGAACUGCUCGCACACCAAAAUAACCCGUGAGUCGUCUC